AUGAAGGCAGCGGCACUGGGCCUAGUGGACUGUCAUUGCCACCUUUCCGCCCCCGACUUUGACCACGAUCUCGAUGAUGUAUUGGAAAAAGCCAAGGAGGCCAAUGUUGUGGCCCUUGUGGCAGUUGCUGAACAUUCAGGAGAAUUUGAAAAGAUUAUGAAGCUUUCAGAAAGGUAUUCUGGAUUUAUCCUGCUGUGCUUGGGUGUUCACCCAAUUCAAGGACUACCAGAAGAUCAAAGAAGUGUCACAUUAAAGGAUUUGGAUGAUGCUUUGCCCAUUAUUGAGAAGUAUAAGGAUCAGUUAUUGGCAAUUGGAGAGGUCGGGUUAGAUUUUUCUCCUCGAUUUGCCAACACUGAUGAGAAGAAAGAAGAACAAAGACAAGUUCUAAUCAGACAGGUCCAGUUAGCCAAAAGACUAAAUUUGCCUUUAAAUGUUCACUCACGUUCAGCUGGAAGACCCACCAUCAACCUCUUAAAUGAGCAAGAUAAACUGGGGUUCAUUGAGAUUCAAGAAUUUGACCAAGAUAAGCCAUCUGAAUCCAGGUUCUAUGCUGCUGAUCACGGAGCGAUAGUGAAUCAACUAUGCCAGUUAAAAAAGAGUAAAGAGAGAAACUAUUUCAAAGCUCUUUUUAAAGAUGAUUAUAUCUUCAAUUGUGAGGAGAUUACAUCUCCCCAUCUCAACCACUCAGUUGCUGUUUAA